CCGCUCCGGGCCGGGCCGGGGCGGGGCGCGGCGGCAGGAAGCGGGGCGGGGACUUGCGGAGGAGUUGGGGAGCUAGGGAGGGCGCGGCUAACUCCUGGAGGGACGGCAGGCCCAGUGAGAGGCUCCCGGGUCUGGCGCCAAGCCUGAGCCUGCCGGACGGGAGGCGGUCCAGCUGCGGGCUCGGCCUCGGCCCCAACCCGCCAGCAUGGCCGGCCGGACCGUGCGGGCUGAGACCCGGAGCCGGGCCAAGGAUGACAUCAAGAAGGUGAUGGCGACCAUCGAGAAGGUCCGGAGAUGGGAGAAGCGCUGGGUGACUGUGGGCGACACUUCCCUUCGAAUCUUCAAGUGGGUGCCAGUGGUGGACCCCCAGGAGGAGGAGCGCCGGAGGGCAGGUGUCGGGGCAGAGAGAUCCCGAGGCCGGGAGCGGCGGGGCAGGGGUGCCAGUCCCAGAGUGGGUGGCCCUCUCAUCCUGCUUGAUCUCAAUGAUGAUAACAGUAACCAGAGUUUCCAUUCAGAAAGUUCCCUGCAAAAGGGCACUGAGCCCAGCCCUGGAGGCACUCCCCAGCCCAGCUGCCCUGUAUCACCGGCUGGACCACCGGAAGGGGUCCCAGAGGAUGCUCAGCCCCCACAACUGGGCCAGGAGAGAGAUCCCGGGGCCACAACUUCAGGCAGCACCGAUGAACCCCCAAUGCUGACCAAGGAGGAGCCUGUUCCAGAAUUGGUGGAGGCUGAGGUGAGAGAGACCAGAAGGCUGGACUCCUGGGUCAUUGAGGGAAUGAGAGCUCUGGGGCAGCCAAGGCUUGGGGGCUGCACUCCUGAGGUGCCGGUGGGAAACAGACCUCAAACACAGCUAAAGGCUCAGAGGCUGGGCUCUUGGGACUGAAAAGAAAAAGGUGUUUUAAGGCAACGUCCUGAGGGCUGGGUAGGGGCUGAUUUAAGACCAUUAAAAGCCUGAAAAGAU